AUGGCGCCACAAGAUGAAAACCAAUCGCAGGAUAAACCCGUCCCAAAGGGUGCGAUCACAAUUUCGCAAAUAAAUGCAGACGAAAUAACUUUCCUUGCGAACCGAUUUUGGGCGCCGGAUACAGCAAACGAACACGAAGCGUACAAUCCUCAGAUCAUAGAAGAUAUCUAUCGGAAAGAGAUAUGCGAUACGCGUCAUUCGCUGCGCCGGAUCAUGAUGCUGGAGUUUAGCCAGUACCUGGAGAACUAUCUGUGGCCUAACUUUGACGGGGAAGGUGCAAGUCAUGCCCAUCUUAUGUCGGUAGUGGCGAUGGUGAAUGAAAAGUUCCGUGAAAAGGUGGAAGUGUGGAAAGUGUUCGAGAAAAAUGGCGAGCUGUUUGUGAAAUUUUUCCAGCGCGUGCUGGAAGCGUGCAUUGAAGGGUGUCCCGUGAUACCGGGUACAAUGCGCGAACAGACGGCAUUGCUGGUGUUUUUGAACCAUUGUUUUAACAGCAUGGAGGUGGAAAUAUGUCGGAAUCAGGCGAAGCGUCUUGUUUCGUUAGCUAUGUGGGCCUGUCUGCAGCCGAGGCGGCGCGAACAGGAACUGCACCAAAUCCCGGAAUGGCGCAAAUUUUGGAAAAAGCUCCAAAAAAGGGAUAAACCGGAGCUGAGAGAAAAGCUUCAUUGGGAGCGUCAUUUUUUGCAGAAUCUAAUGAUCAAAUUCAUACGCAUUCUUGAGACCAUUCCGGCGGAUGGUCCGGUGUGUGAGGAAACGGUGCGUUACUGUGAACGGUUCAUAGAGUUUUUAAUCGAUCUGGAAGCGCUAUUGCCGACUAGAAGAUUCUUCAACACCGUCAUGGACGACUGUCACGUUGUCGUACGUUGUUCCUUAUCGUCGUUGGUCCGUCGCGAAGAAGGAAAUCUGUUUGCUCAGCUACUGGACAUGCUGAAGUUUUACGCCCGCUUUGAGAUAAACGAUAAAACCGGGGAUCCUCUGACUGACCACGAUAUGACGCAACAGCACUACGCCAAAAUCAAAUCCCUGCAGAAGGCCGCCUUUGCCAAGUUUCCCAAUCUGCGUCUGUUUGCGCUAUCGAAUGUGGCGAACGUUGAUACACGCGAGUCGCUCGAGAAGCACUUCGGUGCGCUCGAUUGUGCCAGCCUGCGGGAAAUCGCUUGCUAUCUGAAUCUGGUCCCGGAGAAGCUGCAGGCCCCGUUCGAGUGGCACCGGACGGAUGAGACGUUCCUGCGGGAGUUGCUAAUAUCGCGACACGAGCGACGCGUGUCACAGCUGGAAUCGUUGAACGAGAUGCCCCUAUAUCCGACGGAGGACAUCAUCUGGAACGAGAACAUUGUCCCGACGGAGUUCUACUCGGGUGAAGGAUGUUUGGCGUUGCCGAAGCUCAACUUGCAGUUCCUAACGCUGCACGAUUAUCUGUUGCGUAACUUUAAUCUCUUUCGGCUGGAAUCGACGUAUGAAAUCCGGCAGGAUAUUGAGGAUGCCGUCAGCCGAAUGUUGCCCUGGAAAUCGGAAGACGGAGACGCUGUGUUUGGCGGCUGGGCCCGUAUGGCGUUACCCAUCCAGUCGUUCGCUGUGGUGGAAGUGUCCAAGCCACACAUUGGCGAGAAGAAGCCGUCUCGCGUAAGGGCCGACGUCAGUGUUACGCUGAACGUGCGCAAGGAAGUACAGGAAGAGUGGGAAAAUCUGCGCAAGCACGAUGUGUGCUUUUUGGUGACGGUCCGACCAACCCAACCGAUCGGUACCAAGUAUGACUACCGGGAGCACUUUGUACCACAGGUCGGUUUGGUGCACGUACGUGGUUGCGAGAUCGAGGGUAUGCUCGACGCAAACGGACGUGUCAUUGAGGACGGUAUCGAGCAGCGACCGCAGUUGACCGGCGAGCAACGGACGUUCCGUGUUUGGCUCGAUUCGAACCAGUAUCGGUUGGACAUGGACGCUACGUUGCAGGCCGGUACGGGUCAGGAUGACGAAGGCAAGGAGGAUGUGUACGAAGGAUUUAACAUCAUCAUGCGCCGGAAGCCGAAGGAAAACAACUUCAAGGCAGUGCUGGAAACGAUCCGGCAUCUGAUGAACACGGAGUGCGUCGUACCACCGUGGCUGCACGAUAUUCUUCUCGGGUACGGUGAUCCCGGUGCGGCACACUACAGUCGCAUGCCGGACCAGGCCCGGGUGUUGGAUUUCAAUGACACCUUUCUGGAUUACGUGCAUGUGGCGGGCAGCUUUCCGUCGUACGAGAUUGCGGCGGUGGAGCAGGAAGGAAGGUUGAGUCUUCAGCCACCGUUCCGGCUUACGUUUGAGGAUGUACCGAAGGAAAGCGAUACUGACGCGGAUGCGGAAAAGAGUGGGGAAGAACGUGAGCUGCCGAAGCGUAUCCGCGUGGAACCGUAUCGCAUACCGAGCCGUGGCCCGUACAAGUACAACGAGCCGAAGAAGAACGCGAUCCGCUUUACGCCGACCCAGAUCGAGGCGAUCCGGGCGGGAAUGCAGCCGGGAUUAACGUUAGUGGUCGGUCCACCCGGUACGGGCAAAACGGACGUUGCCGUGCAGAUUAUCUCCAACCUGUACCACAACCAUCCGCAGCAGCGUACACUGAUCGUGACGCAUUCCAAUCAAGCGUUGAAUCAACUGUUUGAGAAGAUCAUGGCGUUAGACAUUGACGAGCGUCAUCUGUUGCGUUUGGGUCACGGUGAGGAGUCGCUCGAAACGGAGAAGGAUUACAGUCGUUACGGUCGGGUGAAUUAUGUGCUUUCGAAGCGCAUUGAUUUGCUUGGCCAGGUGCAACGGUUGCAGGAGUCGCUCGGUGUAAGCGGGGACGUGGCGUACACUUGCGAGACGGCAGGUCAUUUCUAUCUCUAUCACGUGGUGGCUAGAUGGGAGAAGUUCCUGAGCGAGUUCGAAACUGAAGGUGGCAGUAGCGCAGGUGCGGAAGGAUCUCCAGCCCGCGAACGUUUCGAGCAACAGUUCCCGUUUGUGCGUUUCUUCAAGGAUGCUCCACAACCGUUGUUUGGUGGUGCGAAUUACGCGGAGAACAUGGACAUUGCGCACAGCUGCUUCCGGUACAUCUCGCACAUGUUCGCUGAGCUGGAGGAGUUCCGUGCGUUUGAGCUGCUGCGCAGUGGAUUGGAUCGUUCGAAGUACUUGCUGGUGAAGGAGGCAAAGAUCAUCGCCAUGACGUGUACGCAUGCCGCGCUCAAGCGCAAGGAGCUGGUCACUAUGGGCUUCAAGUACGACAACAUCCUGAUGGAGGAGGCGGCUCAGAUAUUGGAGAUAGAGACGUUCAUUCCGCUUUUGCUGCAGAACCCCAUGGAUGGGUACAAUCGGUUGAAGCGUUGGAUUAUGAUUGGUGAUCACCAUCAGCUGCCACCGGUGAUCAAGAACAUGGCGUUCCAGAAGUACUCCAACAUGGAGCAGUCGUUGUUUACACGGUUGGUGCGACUCGGCGUGCCCACGAUCGAUCUCGACGGACAGGGUCGUGCGCGAUCUAGUAUCUGCGAGCUGUACAAGUGGCGCUACAGCCGCCUCGGUGAUCUGGAGCACGUGCACAAAUGGCCCGAGUAUUGUCGUGCCAAUGCCGGUUUUGGUUUCGAGUAUCAGCUGAUCAACGUGGAGGACUUUAACGGUGUGGGUGAAUCGGAACCGAACCCAUACUUUUAUCAGAAUCUUGCCGAGGCGGAGUAUGUGGUGGCGGUGUUUAUGUACAUGCGGUUGCUCGGUUACCCGGCGGAGAAGAUUUCCAUCCUCACCACGUACAACGGUCAAAAGCAUCUUAUUCGGGAUGUGAUUGAGUCGCGUUGUGCCUCCAAUCCGAUGUUUGGCAAACCGCAUAAAGUGACCACCGUCGACAAGUACCAGGGUCAGCAGAAUGACUAUAUUCUGUUGUCGCUUGUGCGUACGAAGACUAUCGGUCACAUUCGGGACGUGCGUCGUCUGGUGGUGGCGAUGAGUCGUGCCCGUCUUGGGCUGUACAUUUUCGGACGUGUGGCACUGUUUAAGAAUUGUGUGGAAUUGCGACCAGCGUUCCGUUUGCUUAUGAAUCGACCGCUCGAAUUGCAGUUAAAUCCGGCGGAGAAAUAUCCUGGGGAUCGUGCACUAGUAGACGGUGGCAGCAAUGUAUCCGAACCGUCUUCGACCGACCAGUCAUCGUUGCGGACUGUGAAAGAUAUGACGGAGAUGGCACAGUUCGUGUACCAGCAGUACAUGCAGCAGGUGAACGUAAUUCGCGAAGAAAUGGAAAAAAUGAAGUCACUGUUCGAAAAGCAACGCCAGGAACAGCAACAGGAAAAGAUGGACGAACAGAUCAAGCAGGCCGAUGCGGAAGCGGAGGAAGCGGAAAAGCAACGAUUGGCGGAAGCGGUGGCAAAGAAAGAUUUUACACCUACACCAAUUCGUAACGAAGUAGGCGAUUUGGUUGAACCGAUGGAAACAGCUCAGCUGGUGCGUCGGGGCAAAAAACGUGCCGCCGUAGAGGAACCGGAAACUGAGCCAGCAGCGACCGAAGAGAAGGCAACCGAGGAGGAACCGGAGAAGGAUACACCGACCGAAGAACCGACGACCGAAGAUAAAGAGAAUUAA